CACAACUAAUACAGGUUGAAAAAAGGUCAGUUUUAACGGUUGAAAUACCUGUGGUUGUUAAAAGUUUCAAAUUCAAAGCGAGAAUAUCCGAUAACAUUGAAACUAGCGGCCAAACAAGAUACAUUAAUUUCUAAUCGUGUUUUCUGCCAAGUGCAAGGAACACGAUCGCUCAAUCUUUUUAUCAGUUUUUGCAAAUGGAGUUCGGUCACGAGAAUACCGACUGUUACUUUUUCUAUUAUUCUACGUGCAAAAAGGGUGACCAUUGCCCGUUCAGACAUGAACCGUCUGCCUUGGGUUGUGAAACAAUGUGCACGUACUGGCAACAUGGUAAAUGUCUCGACGAACACUGUAACUUUAGGCAUAUGGAAUUAAAAAAAAAUCGCAAGUCGAUUCCAUGUUAUUGGGAGACCCAGCCUGGAGGUUGUAGAAAACCGCAUUGUUCGUUUAUGCAUAAGAAUGCUCGCGUAAUUACUAGCGAUCCUAUUAAUCCAGUGAAGAAUUCCGAAUUAACAUCAAAGUCGUUAAAUCAAGAAUGGUUAAAUCGUCAAGAUGAUACAAAGUAUGAUGGUAAUAGUACGGAGUCGGAUCAAGGUAGAGGAAGUAGCGAAGCGGGCAGUUUUAUUGGCAGUCCAGCCGUUGAUCCUCUUAUCGUCAAAUUUGAAGAAGAAUCGGACAAUGAAAGUGUACCGUCGCCGGUGAAGCCACAACCGAGGGUUCCUUACUGCAAGACUUACGAAGAGAUCAGAUUGGAGGAGAUCCAGGCUGAGAGCGCGGCGUAUUAUUCUUACAAGACCGAAGACUAUCGUAGCGACGUUGCUGCUGGCAAGAUCAAGACUCGCCGGACUAAAAAGAUUUCUCAGUAUCCCAGCCCGCGGCUGGGAACUACGGAGGAGAACGGAGAGAAGAGCUUGGACUUUAAAGUUCUCAGUUUGGAAGAGAUUCGACGCAGAAAGAGACACAAAGCCACCUUCGAGAAAGAGAAAGAGAAAGAGAAAGAGGUAGAGUCACCGUUGAAGGACGAAACAAAUGAACCGACGAAAGAAGGACGUUUGUCAAAGGACGAUACAAAGACGUUGACAGGGAUCGGAGGGAUCGGAGGGAUCGGAGGGAUCAGAGGUAUAAAGAGGUCGCUCGAGGAUUGCCAGGACGAUACGAACAGACGUAAAAUGAAAUAUAACGUUACGGAGAGUAGUGGCUGCUCGUUCGGGAGCAGUGUGCCUCCCGUGAAACUCAGGAGGAGUUUAACCGAAUCUUCACCGAUAAGAAUCAAAGAGUUGCCAACCCUUACCGAUAUUCGGAUAAAAGCUCAACGGAAGAGCAUGGAAGAGGAGAAAAACGAGAGUAGGAAAAGUGCAGCGAGUAUCGGAUUGGACAGGCUGAAUCCAGACCUAACACAGUCGUCAGAGUCGAGCAACCUAGCUAGAAGGAACGAGGUGGAGAUCAGGUUGUGCGACAGUAGCACGGACGAGGAUCAAACACAGCUUGAUAAAAACCAAGAGAAACUCUCGGUGGAUAAACACAACAUCACGGACGAAUCCAAGGAGACUACUACUAUGGCUUCCUGCGACAGUUUGUUGAAUAUCAACGAGGACGACUAUCUGACGCUGGACAUGGGCUCCGACGAUAUUCUUAAAGAUAUCGACGCUUUGCUCAAAGAAAAGAAUUCGAUUUGAGAGAAACUUCCAAGACCAAAGGGGUACAUAUACUUGUUGGAAAAUUGACUGAAAAGCCGUUCGCUUACUUUGCUUACGGAUCCUGAUCUUUUUUCUUUUCAACUUUAAUGCAUUCUCACGUUUCAACUUGCUCUUUGCUCUCCAAUUACAGUUUACAGGCUUUUGCGUUUCUACCGUUGGAACGAUACAAGAAUCUUUUUCUCUUGAAACGACACGACAUGACACGACACGACACGACACGACACGACACGACACGACACGACACGACACGACACGACACGACACGACACGACACGACACGACACGACACGACACGACACGACACAGCGGUUCAGAUAGACGGCCUUGGAUCAAAGACCGGUUAGUUUUUAGACCAAUUUUCUAUUCGAUAAUUAAAUGGUAAAGUCAUAUCGCGUCAAAUAAAUAUCCGUUUUCGUUGUUAGGCCUGGGUUAGUUGGCCGAUGGCCAACCGUUCUAGUGGAAUUUAUGCUUUUUCAAUACCCUUCAAUUUGCCAAUAUUCUCUUUCGACACGGAUAUCUAGAAAAUAAUCACGAUUAGUACAAGUCUACUUUUCCAAAUAAUCUCCAAGAUACGUUUACCAUUUUAUGACAUCUGUUUUCAGUAACGCCACUGCGCCAUUUUAAUAUUCUGGUAUGUAUUUCGUUCAAUGUUCCUUUAUUAAACAAUCGGUCUAUAUCCGUUGCAACGUUUCAUAGAUGUGUGCACUAUGGGAACAUUGAUCUCAUAACAGUGUAGACUAUGAGAAUCACCAUCCAUUAUAUACAUAUGUAUAUGUAUAUAAUACAUAUACAUAUAUUCAUUCAUUCAUUCAUUCAUUUUGGACAAAUAAAUGAAAUUCUGUACAAGUUGUUUCGCAACGUUCAUUCCUUUUGUAUUUUACUGCAACCACAACAACAACAGCAACAGCAACAGAACAUUUCAUCAAUUCUGAUUCUUCGAAAUGAAUCUGUUCGAGGGGAGAGGUCACACUCGA